AUGAACGAGAGUCCCAUCUCAUUGGCUGGUGCCACGUGUGACACCACAAAAUUCGAAGCGUGUCAAGACACAUUUGCCGAUAGAUUGAGCAUUGAUCGAGUCUAUAAUUGGUGGGAGGAGCUUAGAAGUUUCCAGAAGUUUCCAGAAAAGAAUAAUAAAAAUUUUAGGCUGAAUCCAUUGGGACUGACUCUACAGAUUCAAGAUAUUUAUAUAAACGGAGGAGUUGCAGCAGCAAGAGGAUUGAAUGUGGUUUGUAACGCCUACAACUCGAUGGUUCAAUGUUUGGCGGCCGCAUCAACUUCAACUUUUGAAUGUUUUGAUAUUGGAUUUCUUCUGCAUCACUCAACCGCUCCCAACCAAGCAUAUUCCUAUGGAUUCCUGAUGAGCAUGCUACAGUACCAAUGUGGUGCUGGAUUCUAUUUGGCAUCUGACAAUUGGCAAUGCAUGCAAAGAAUCUACAGUGGGAAGAAUGCAACCAUGUAUGGCUGUAUUACAGAUUUCAUUUUGAAUACUCAGGAGGAUCCGAAAAGGGGUUGCAACUACGUCCAAACUGGAAUGGAUUGCUUCUCAAAAGCAUCAAUCCUCCAAGGAUGUCCCGAUGAGCUCAAAUAUUACGGAUGUGAAUCCUUCCGUCAAUAUUCGCUUCCCCAGUUCUCUCGCUGUGAGAAACAGUGUCCAAUCGACACUCAAUAUCGCGUUUAA